UGACGUUUGCCGAUAACAACACUCAAAUAAAAAAUCGCGAUAAGAAUAUAGGUAUAAACGAAAUGCCAAGAACAAUUUGCUUUUUAGAUAGUUUUGAGUGGUCAGAAACUUAGGAUAAAAUUUUUUAGUAAAAUGAGAAUCCUUAACGAGACAUCUCCGGUAAAUAUAAUCGACCCCUCAGAGCUUCUAAGGCCUGAACCCGAAUUUGCCAAGAAAAACCUGAACGCUUUCAGGGACUAUACCAUCAUCGAGGAUGAUCCCAUUCAGGAAAGGGUCAGGAAAACUUACUUGGAGAUGCAUACUAAUCAGACAGUGGAUUUUGUCAAGGGAAAAAUAGCGAAAUGGUGCAACUUUGACACAUUCCAAUCCACAAUGAAAGAAGCCCUGAUAAAACUAAACGACCUGGUGGACGAGAGCGAUCCAGAUGUGGACAUGCCAAACAUCGUUCACGCCUUCCAAACGGCCGAGAGAAUCAGACAAGACUUUCCAAAUGACGACUGGUUUCAUCUUACCGGUUUGAUUCAUGAUGUUGGAAAAGUGAUGGCCUUUUUUGACGAACCACAAUGGUGUGUGGUAGGCGACACAUUCGUCGUAGGCGCCGACUGGGGUAAAAGUAUCGUUUAUAGAGACUCCUCGUUCCAUAACAACCCCGACGGUCAAAAUCCAAAAUACAAUACAAAAUAUGGAAUAUAUGAACCAAACUGUGGCUUAGACAACGUGUUGAUAUCUUGGGGCCACGACGAGUAUCUCUACCGGAUGCUGAAACAUAACAAAACCACAUUACCAGAUGUCGCUCUCAAAAUGAUCAGAUUCCACAGCUUUUAUCCUUGGCACACCGGCGGUGAUUACGAACAUCUAACUACUGAAAAAGAUCAAACUGAGAUUAAAAAAUGGGUGCUCACUUUCAAUCGGUAUGACUUGUAUACCAAGAGCACUGAGGUACCAGACAUCGAAGCACUAUGGCCUUACUAUGAAUCCCUCAUCAAUAAGUACAUUCCUGGAGUAUUAAGCUGGUGAAAAAAAAAUCAUUUUUAAUUCGUAGUUAAACUGUAAAUUUGUUAUAAAUUUAUUGUCAAUAAAUAUAUAGACUUACCUUGUC